GAGCAGGCUGCAAGUACUCAACUCUCACACAUCACCAAAACCCUACUACUACUACUGCGAUGGCGUCCGAGAAAGACGCCGCUCUUGCGGCCGUUCCCUCCGAUUCUCCCACCAUAUUAAUCUCGAUUAAUCUCAACCGCCUGACUGGCGCCUAGCGAUCUCUACAACACUGGUUGGAUUGAGUUUUCUUAUCAUGCCCCUAUCCUUGUUCUUCGGUGUCACCUCAUUGUUUAUACUUAUUUUUGACAAGAUUAUUAACAAGGAAAUCCCAGCAAAUGUGGUUUUCGAGGAUGAUAAGGUUCUUGCUUUCCGGGACAUUGCUCCUCAAGCACCAACACACAUUUUGCUUAUUCCAAAAGUUAAGGAUGGCUUGACUGGUCUUUCUAAGGCUGAGGAGAGGCAUUCUGAGAUUCUUGGCCAUCUUCUCUACACUGCAAAGGUUGUAGCAAAGCAAGAAGGUCUUGAAGAAGGAUUCAGAAUUGUCAUCAACGAUGGACCAAAUGGAGGCCAAUCUGUUGACCACAUUCAUGUCCACGUACUCGGGGGACGCCAAAUGAACUGGCCGCCUGGCUAAUCUGGCACUUGCUCUACAACUCAAAGCCUAGCGGAUUUCGAUCACAUCUUUUCUUCUUGUUUAAUGCUAAACUUGUGAAGUGAACUAACUAUAUAGUUAUGGAUUGGGUCUUACAUCUUGAACCAAAUAGCAAGCUCUUUGAACCAAAUAGGCUGCGAGUAUUUAUUAACAUGGUUGUUUGUGAUUGGCUGCCAGUUUAUGUU